AUGAAUUUGACCUUUACGGCCGACACAGGAGCUACAAGAACAAUAAUUUCUGACAGAAUUUACAACAAGAUCGAUCCCAAGAAAAGGCCGGAAUUAAGAAAAACAGCUUGUUUAACAGGGGCAGGGGAAACUAGAUUAAAAGAGUAUGGAAAAGCAAACGUCAACAUUAUGUUUGGGGACAUCAGCUUGACAAGAGAAAUAAUAGUAGCAGAAAUAGAAGAUGAUGCAUUGCUAGGAAUAGACAUCUUACAAAAUGAUGAAGGAGGGCCAGCAGACCUAUUACUGUCAAGAGGAGUGAUUCUUUUUCAAGGGAAAGAAAUACCAUGUAUUCAGGUGGGCCUGAAAGAAGAAAUCAGAAAAGUUCGAGCUGCAGAUAAUUAUACCAUACCAGGACAGAGCGAGGCCAUAAGAGAUGUCAUGGUAGACAGAUUAGAAAGCGAUGACCUCAUGCAAGACACAGAACUCAUUAUAGAAGCAACAGAUCAUUUCAAAGAGACAUACCCUGUGCACAUGGCAUCUGUUUUGGUUGACAUUAAUACUGCACCGACAUGCAAAAUCAGGAUAUUGAACCCUUUUCUUACAAGUUGGUCGAUAAAACAAGACACCAUUAUAGGGCAAGCAGAAAAGAUAGACCAUAUUAAAGGUACAGUAGUAGAAAAAGAGCAUAGUGACGAGGAAGACAACUUUAUAAGCGUACGAAGAGUUACUAUCAAACAAGAUGAGCCUACAAUAACAAGAGCCACAGAGAUGAACACCAAGAAGAGCUUUGAGGUGCCAAGCCACUUACAAAGUAUUUAUGAAAAUGCAUGUAAAAUUAGGAGUCCUGAAGAAAAGUUAGAAAUUGCAAAACUAUUUUGCCACUUCAAAGAUAGUUUUUCCAAAGAUGACCUUGACCUUGGUGUAACCCACCUAACAGAACAUUCAAUCAAUACAGGAAAUGCAGCACCUAUAAGACAGCAACCAAGACGCGUGCCAAUGGCAUUUGCUGAUUAUGAAAAGAAAGCUAUCAAGAGCUUCUAG